UUGUUCGACUUUGUGUGAUCAACAUGCGUGUCCUCUUUUUGCCUUUUGCAGUGGCUCUCUUGGGAGUGGUCGGUGCGACUUCUCUGUCCAGGACAUACUUGCCGCCUCAAGUGCAGCGCAAGGUGAUCUCUGUUCCCAGGAUUGAAGUUCAACCCCAGAUCAUUCAGCGCCAGGUGGUUCAGCCACAGAACACCUAUCUGCCACCUCGAGUGGUGCCACAAGUGAUUCCCGUUCGUCCUGCUCCACAAGUGGUACAAAUAGCUCGUCCUGCUCCACAAGUGGUACAGAUAGCUCGUCCUGCACCACAAGUGGUGCAGAUAGCUCGUCCUGCUCCCCAAGUGAUCUCCGUGGCUGCUCCUCGUAACACCUAUCUGCCACCUCGAGUGAUUAGUCCUGCUCCACAGGUGGUGUCCAUUGCUCGUCCUGCUCCGCAGUUGAUCUCGGUGGCUGCUCCGCGCAAUACUUACCUGCCGCCACAAGUCAUCGCUCCCCGGAACACCUACCUGCCGCCCCAGUAA